CCCUGCCCUGGCUUUAUCUUAUGGCACGCCAAAAGUUUGCGUUGUCUUGGCUGCCUUACAUUAUGUAUUUCCCGUCGACCGAUAUAUCCAUUUUUAAUGUGAAGAAGGAGAAUUCUUUCGAUGCGACCGCACCCAUAUUUCCUGCGAAAUAAUUCGGGUUGCGUCAAACCAAGCAGAAGGUGAACCAAAACUCCAAUAUUUUCUGGUUGAAUUAAGUUUCGGUUAUGAGUGACCGAAAUCGCAUGAUGGGGUUGGAAGCCGAGAUGGCUGCUCCGUUGCAUUUGCAGCGAUUAGAGCGAAGCGUGAAUGUUCAGCCUUUCCUCACUCAAAUAAACGAUCUUUUCCGCAAUCGUGCAAGCAACGAGGACAACGAAUCAUCAGAUUCGUCCGAUGGGUCUGAAACAUAUCUUGAAGAUAUUUUAACACAGAAAGAAGAGGAAAGAGUUAAUAAGCUUCGGUUGUAUAAUAUGAAUAGUAUAGGGGAAGAGCGAAGAUGGUUACAAGAUGUUCUACUUAGUGAAACAUCCGACAGUUCGUCUUCGGAAUCAGAUACAGAAGGGCCAAUAACUGAGGAUGAUUUUCAGGAAAUGUUGAAAUUUCACAUUCUUCGGAAAAAGUAUCAAGCACGCUUUUAUCAAAAGCCAGAGAACAUUCAGUAUCAGUAUUACGGUUCUGGAUUAUUGUCAAGUUAUGAUAGAUUUCCAGAGCACCAAAAACUCAUAGUCGGAAAUAAGAAAAAAAAAGAGAGAAGACCUGAUUCCAAAGCUUUGAAGCUUAAGAAGGAAAAAGGAUCGAGACAAAAGGCUUCUGAUGAUCGGGGUUGUAAUUAUCCAGAGGAAGAUUGGGAUCGAAGUGGGCUCAGAGAUGACGAGUUGGACGAGGCUGAGUUGGAAGCUGCAAUGAAAUAUCAACCCCGAGGUCGUGGUCGGAAAAAGCAUAAUAAUAAAAGUCCUGAAGUGAUGGCAUUGCGACGAAGGAAAAUUUGGAUAAUGAUGUCCAAGAAGGAACUUGGAAAAGUACAACGAGCAAAGAUUAACAACCACAAGGAAAUGUUGAUUAGUUGUAAGAAAGUUGCUCAACACUGUAUGAAGUACUGGAGACAAAAGGCGAUGCAGUCGCAGAAGAACAUGAAAGAAACCAUCUGGCGUGCGAAGCGAUUGACAAGAGAGAUGCAAUCUUACUGGAAACGCUACGAUCGUGUGGAAAGAGAAACGAGGAGAAGAUUAGAGAAAGAAGCAGAGGAGCAGCGAAAAAUGGACGUUGAGUUGAUCGAGGCGAAGCGCCAACAAAGAAAACUGAAUUUUCUCAUCACUCAGACGGAGCUCUACGCUCAUUUCAUGUCUCGAAAAUUAGGAAAAGCUUCUCCAGAGGAACAGUUGCGUAUCUUGAAUCAGUUGGAUGAAGAAAAAAAUCCCAGACUGAUUGGAAUCGACGAUUAUGAUAGUGAUAGUAUGAAACAAAAAGCUAAGAGAAAUGCGACAGAAGCCUUCGAUAGUGAAAGAGCGAGAACAAGGCAGUUCGAUGCUUCUAAAGCAAGUCAGGAAUUGCGGUUGAGCGAUACUCCAGAAACAAUGGAACAUCCUCAGCCAUCUAUAUUCAAAGGGAAUCUCAAAGGCUAUCAAUUGAAGGGUAUGAAUUGGUUAGCGAGUCUCUACGACCAGGGUAUCAGUGGAAUCUUGGCAGACGAGAUGGGUUUAGGAAAAACUGUACAAUCGAUAGCCUUCCUGUGUCACGUCGCUGAAAAAUACUCUGUCUGGGGACCAUUUCUGAUCAUCUCACCAGCAUCGACUCUGCAUAACUGGCAGCAAGAAAUGGCAAGAUUCGUUCCAGUUUUCAAAGUCGUGCCCUAUUGGGGAAAUCCGCAGGAGCGGAAGAUCCUUCGUCAGUUCUGGGAUACCAAAGAUUUGCACACGAAAGAAGCUUCCUUCCAUGUUGUGAUAACUAGCUACCAACUUGUGAUCACUGACUACAAGUACUUUAACAGAAUCAAAUGGCAGUAUAUGAUUCUUGAUGAAGCACAGGCUAUCAAAAGUACAAGCAGUAUGAGGUGGAAGCUGCUCCUCGGCUUCAGUUGUCGAAAUAGACUUCUUCUGAGUGGAACUCCGAUCCAGAACAGCAUGGCAGAACUUUGGGCCCUGCUUCAUUUCAUCAUGCCGACAUUGUUUGAUUCCCAUGACGAAUUCAACGAGUGGUUCUCUAAAGACAUCGAAAGUCACGCUGAAAAUAAAACAGGAAUCGAUGAAAAACACUUGUCGAGGUUGCACAUGAUUUUGAAGCCCUUUAUGUUGAGGAGGAUAAAGAAAGAUGUGGAGAACGAGCUCUCGGACAAAAUCGAAAUUAUGGUGUACUGUCCACUCACAACUCGACAAAAACUACUUUAUUCAGCCCUGAAGAAAAAGAUCAGAAUAGAGGAUCUGCUUCAUUACACAGGCAGUGGUGGAGACACCAUGCCAAACGACAAGAAUUUUACGUCGAAUCUGAUGAAUCUAGUCAUGCAGUUCCGUAAGGUCUGCAAUCAUCCGGAGCUUUUUGAACGUCGAGACGCGAGGUCUCCCUUGUUUAUGAAAGCCGAAUCUUACGAAAUGCCAGCUCUCUUGUAUCUUGAAGGUCUUCUGAACGAAGCACUACCAUCUAAAAAACAUCUUCUCUACAACAAGUUUUUUGUUUUUGCAACGGAGUACAUUCAUAGGUCUCUUUUUUGCGAAGAAAAUUAUCCCUCGAGUUUCUCUUUCACUAGGUUGAUGAACUUAUCGCCCAUGGAAUUGAACAAGAUCUUCGUCGCCGGAAUUCUCUUCAGACUCUGUCACGUAACGCUUUUGGAGAAACAAAUGAGGAUAAAGCGUCACUGGGACGAUUGGUGGGUCGAUGAAAAAACUCCAGAGCCUUUGAAUAUUCUCGCGGUUUUAACGAGGAAAAUCGAGGCAACUUCGCCCGUGAAAGAGAAUUUAAUAUUCACGUCGAAAAUUCUCGAAGGCGAUGCUUUUUACACUCAUACCACUCAUUCUAUUCACUCUAUGCCUGAGACGGUUUCGCACAGGAUAUUGAGGAGUAGUAAAGCGCUGAGAGAUCCGCUAAAGUUACAGAGAGCAAUUGCAAUUGUUAAACCAGAGCAAGGGGAGGAACCAAAAUUACCCUUGUUACCUGAACAUCCUCACACGCCUCGAGCUCCAAUUCGAAGAUAUUGUCAACAGACUUCUGUUCCGUUUUUCGUCUGUGACACUAAUCCUAAGAUUCAAAUUAGUCCAAGAAAGCUAUAUGUGAGUAGCAGUGCUGCUUCUUGUGCUUGGAAAAGACACGAAGAAUGUGGUGGACUCUUUGGACAAUUUGUGUUGUGGUUGGGAUGUGAACGAGCUUUGAAUUUAACACCUUUGCAAGGAAGAAUCGGUCCUAGGAUCGAGUCCACCUCUUCCACGUUCUCUUAUCAUAAACCAGGUGGUCUUGUGGCUUGCGCACCAAUCAACGGAUGGUCGAACAUCAUUGUUCCAGACAAGCAAACCUUGGUAACGGACGCUGGGAAACUUUCUGUGCUGGAUAGUCUAUUGAAACGUCUUAAGGAACAAGGUCAUCGAGUUCUCAUUUACUCCCAAAUGACGAAAAUGAUCGACUUACUAGAGGAAUACAUGUAUCAUAGAAAGCACACUUUCAUGCGACUUGAUGGUUCUUCGAAGAUUUCUGAUCGUCGGGACAUGGUUGCAGACUUCCAGAAGAGAGCGGACAUAUUUGUCUUUCUGCUGAGUACCAGAGCUGGAGGCCUGGGAAUUAACCUUACGGCCGCAGACACGGUGAUAUUCUACGACAGUGACUGGAAUCCAACGGUAGAUCAGCAGGCGAUGGAUCGUGCUCACAGGUUGGGUCAAACCAAACAGGUCACCGUUUAUCGUUUGAUCUGCAAAGGUACUAUAGAGGAAAGAAUUCUUCAGCGGGCCCGAGAAAAGAGCGAGAUUCAACGAAUGGUAAUCAGCGGAGGCAAUUUCAAGCCAGACACCUUGAAACCAAAGGAAGUUGUGUCCCUCUUACUCGACGACGAGGAGAUCGAAGCGAAAUACAGUCAGCGGAGCGAGGAGAGAAAGCAGCACUCGGAGGAGUCUCGCCUUGAGUUAAACCUACACCACAAGGAGAGGGACAGGAAGAGGAAGCAAACCGCGCUUCCGGUCAAGAGUGAAGCAAAGAAGCCGUGUCUGGAAGAGAAUGACAUUUUUAAUACAAAUGAAAUAUCGCAAGUAAACAGUAAACCAGGAACUCCUGUGAAUAAAAUUCAACGCUAUUCUCAGACAAAUAAUCAUCAAAAUCUACAACAGUCUCCCGACUUUGAUAAUGAUUUAGGAAAUCCGAGCAGUCCAGCAAGGUCGGAGGAUGAAACAAGUAACGAGGGUCUCGUUGUCGAUGUGGAUGGCCCAGUAUCGUCGUCAGACUUUAGAAAUUCCCGCUUGCCUUCUCAGUUUGGAGAACCACCAAAAGUGGCCAGACUGGGUCAUCACUUUACAUUCGGCGUGGGCACCGGGGUGCGAAUGAGACCAAGUGUUCGAGGCACUAGUAAACGAGGGAGACCCCGAGGAUCCCGAAGAGGUGGCCCCAUAGGAGGCAAGGGCAGAGGGAUGCUUCUCCUGCAUCCACCAUCCAUUAAGAAUUCCGUUUCAACUGGUCACCUGUCGCCUUCAUCCUCCCCCUCACACUCUUUCACGGUCCCCAGCGACUCGAACCCACAGUAUGGUGGACCACGUAAUUUGGGUUCAGAGGAGGGAGAGAGUCUGAAUGCAGUGGGUCCUAUUGGAACAUUAGGCUCUUUAGGACCAAUGCCUGGACGAACUGGAUCUUCGAUACGUAGAGGUCCCGGACGGCCACGUUUACGACCUAAUGGUCCAGGGCAUCAGGGACAUCGUUCAUCGAGUCAUUCUCAUUCGAAGAAGGUUCAAAAACCGCUGCCGGUUCCAAUAAGGUCUCAUCACAUUGCAAGUAUGCAGCUCAAGCCGUCCAUUUCUUCUUCAAUGCUUCCUUCAGCACCUUCGUCUUCCUCUUCCUCACACAAUUCCACGAUGCUUGGAGAACCUCGGCCCUUUGGAUUCUACACCCAGCAAACUCCACCUAGAGGGUCGUAGGACUACGCCUAACUCUUCUAAAAAGAGUUUCCAUGCUAAUAAUUGAUAAUCAAAUCUAUGGUAGUUGGAGUAAAUUCAAUAAAAGGGAUAAAAGCAGUAAUCAACGAAAGUGGAAGUGAUGAAAUCAGUGGGAGCUCGGAGGAAGUUAGAGGAAGCUUAGCAAGAUGAUGUUUAUGUAUAAAAAAAUCUAGGCAGUUACACGUUGCGACAUAAAACUCAGACAUUUAGGACAUUUCAUAGUUUUUAAGAAUUGGAAAACUUUCGAACAAGUUGGAGAACCGAUGCGUGACGACUUUUUAUUCGGUUCUGCGACAUGCAAUGUCGAGGAAUAUCCAUCAUUCACGGUAGAGAAUCGAAAUAUUUCGUCGGCUAGAUUCUUUGCACUACAGUACCUUCAUGUCAAAGGCAGUGAUGUAAUAUUGUAAUUCGAUCUGUUAUUGAACUUUUCAGUGCGACUGGGGACCGAAAAUAUGCUAAUUUGUGAUUUCCCUGAAAGAACGAAUUGAAUUCCCAGAUAGCGAGUUCAUUGGUCGCAAGACUUCGCAAGACUUCUCCGUUGAGAAAUAUCAUUUUCGUUAUUCUUGUUCUUUCAUUUCAUGUGUGUAAGGUAGCGUUACUUCGACCACUAGAGCCGGUUAGAUGAAACUUUUUUAAUAUGCAUGUGGUACACAAGACGAUUAUGAUGACUCAAUUAAAAGGAAGAUUCAUUGCAAUUAAGGCUUGAUCUCCCAAAGAUCGAUCUUUAACUUAUAAUAGUUUUAAAUUAAACAGAGACUAAUGCGAUAUGAUAAGGAAACAAAAUUUCGACCGAUUGUAGAGCAGUCAGCUUUAUUUAAUUGAACUCAUUUUGAUUGUGUAAUUUAUUUCUAUAUAUUUCUGUAAAUAAAUCGCUGUGAAGUCAA